GCGAAGCCGCUUCCCGCGCCACCUCGCAGCCGAGGGCCACCAUGGCGGCGAAGCAGCCCCCGCCGCUGAUGAAGAAGCACAGCCAGACCGACCUGGUGAGCAGGCUGAAGACACGCAAGAUCCUGGGGGUCGGCGGGGAGGACGAUGACGGCGAGGUCCAUCGCUCAAAGAUUAGCCAAGUACUGGGAAAUGAAAUCAAGUUUGCUGUCCGGGAACCGCUGGGGCUCAGGGUCUGGCAGCUGGUUUCCGCCAUCAUGUUUUCCGGGGUCGCCAUCAUGGCCCUUGCUUUCCCUGACCAGCUCUACGAAGCCGUCUUCGAUGAGGAAUCGGCAAGCAGCAAGACUCCCAUCCGGCUCUAUGGAGGAGCCCUCCUCAGUAUCUCGCUCAUCAUGUGGAACGCGCUCUACACGGCCGAGAAAGUCAUCAUCCGCUGGACGCUGCUGACAGAGGCGUGCUACUUCGCCGUGCAGUUCCUGGUUACCACUGUCUCCCUGGUCGAGAGUAGCCGGAUAGCCACAGGUGCCGUGCUCCUUCUGGUCAGCCGAAUCUUCUUCAUCCUCAUCAGCAUUUAUUAUUAUUACCAAGUUGGACGCCGUCCCAAGAAAGUCUAAAUCCUGGGCUUUUUGUCAUGGGAAGGGUGGGAGGGGGGGAGUUUGUGUCUGUAAUUUUGCAUUUUAAUUAUAACUUUUUUUUUUUUU